AUGCGAUUAUCAUUUGGUACUUUGCUUUGGUACAUUUUAACAUUUUGUCAUAUUUUAUCAGCGCAAUUUUGGACAGAUGUUAAACUAGAAGAAUUGAAAUGGUUAAAUGAUUGUGAUUUAAGUAAUACCUGUAUUCAACCAACACUUCAAUUACGUCUUAUCAAUAUACUCAAUAAUGAAACUAUCUCUAAAACUCUAAUUGUUAACUUUGAUAAACAACAGACAGGUAAAACUCAUUUAAUAUCAUAUUGGAGUGAAGGAACACCUGAUAUGAUAAUUUCAAGUAUUACUAUUAAUGGAAUUGAUCCUGAUUAUGAUUUCACAAGACUUUGUGAUACAACUGGAACUAUUUUUCUAUUUCGAUUACCUCAAAUGGUAAAGUAA